AAAGGAUUCGGUUAAAAAUGAAACUGAUUUACCCUUUCCAAUUCGGUAAUACUGUUCAUUCAUUGGCACGGACCUGGCUGCCUCUGAAUCUUCUUGACAUCUUUAGAGAUUCAUACAUUCAAUGAACAUAAAUCCAAAUACUUAAUGCCUUAACAAAAACAGGCGACUGGUUCUCUAUAUAAAAAAGGAAGCCUUCCUCUGGGCUACGCCAUCACCAUCAAUAGCGUCACUGAGUCCGAGUAUCUGGUUAGAGAAGAGACCUAACUUCACAAUUUUUCAUUCUUUUCAACUUCAGAUAUCAUGGCCAUGCUAGAGUGUGCAGUUAGCUAGUUUUGCAUAAUUGUGUACAUGAUGCAAAUGCCUAUGAAUGUUUUGUUCUGCUUACAAAGCAUGUAUAUGUAUCAUCAUCUUUCAUAGUGUCAAUUUGUUCCAUUAUUACCUUUGGAUUAAUUUGCUUGACAAGCAAAUCAUCAAACAUUAACUCUAUUCUUAAUGUGAUUGACUGCCUAUCACCAGGUCAAGGACGGGAAGAACUCAACAGAAUGGGGUGCAGCACCAUCAUCGGAGUAAUGGUCAUGGCAUUGCUCGUGCUCCAGCUCCAUUCGACUACUUUGGCAGAUGGAAAAUGGUGUGUGGCAUCAGCAAACGCAACGGAUGGACCUCUACAAGAAGCUUUGGACUGGGCGUGCUCACCGAACGGCGGGGCUGCAAACUGCAGUGACAUUCAAGAAACCGGGACCUGCUACAUCCCUAAUACCGUGAAAGACCAUGCUUCCUAUGCCUUCAAUUCCUACUGGCAGCUCCACAGAGAUGAAGACGAUUCUUGCAACUUCAAUGGCCUUGCUAUUGAAACUUCAACGGAUCCAAGCCAUGACAACUGCCAUUUCUCAAGCACAGCAGGAGCUGCAAAACUGGAACAGGAGGAAAAAGAACAAACUGUGAAGUAA